AUGCUCCAUCUACGCACCGCAGCGCAAACAGCAACAUCGUCCCUGAACAAGCGCCUCCUCACCAUGCAGAUCACCACAAAGGCGGGCAGCGCAGCCUCGGCAGGCGCAAGGCAUUCCAUCCUCAACUUGCCUCUCGUACCUCCCCAGCAGAGGCUCACCCUCAACCUCCUCCCGGACCCCGUCGCGCCCAGCCCUGCGGCCCUCAUUGGUGCGCCCGAGUCGUCCCCUUCGCUCGUGCGUCGGGCCAGGCCGGUCCUACAGGGCUCCCACUUUUCCUACCUCUCGCCGCUCCCGCUCUCGUUCCCCUACGAGUUCCCCGCAGAGGAGGCGGAAGAGGCAGAGUCGCUCGGGAACAAGCUGGAACGCGAAAUCGAACAGGAGCAGAACGACGCCAACAAGGAUGCCGAGCUGACCGAGGAGCAACAGCAGGCAAAGGAGCUCGAGGCGCACAGGAAGAGGAUGCGGCAGAUCGAGGUCAUGAUGCAGCGGUACGAGGUCCAGCCCUCGAGCGUCGGUGGCGGUGCGAGCGCGGGGUCUACAUCCAAGCUCGAGGGUCACCUACCUCCUGGGAGGCUCGGACAGCAUUUCCCCUCAGCCAGGCUCCUCUCGAUUUCACCCGCUGCCCUCGAGGAUUGCCUGCCGCACCUCGACAUCGGAGACAGCCUCGAGUGGAUCAAGUCGCAGCACGGCAGGGCAAGACCGGAGAGCUACAGCUCCGGACCCAUGGCCUCGCCUCCGAGCUCAGAUGCGGCAAAGGCGCGCUUCGAGCUGAGCGACUUGCUCUCCGGACGGCUCAUCGGAGCCCAGCUGGCCGGCAACGGCAAUGGCCAGUCGGCAGACAAGGACGCGCAGGUCGGCACCGGAACGGCCUACCUGGCUCACAAGGAAGCCGUCGAAAAGGGAGCGGCAAAGGACGAAACCGAUCAGGAAAGGAUCGAGAGGCGGAUCGGCGAGCUAGAAGAGCGCAGGCGGCAGGGCGACGAUGUUGGCUACGCCCCGUGGUCGCUCUGCUACGCUGGUCACCAAUUCGGCUCCUGGGCCGGUCAGCUCGGCGAUGGGCGGGCCAUCACUCUACUUGAGACGAAGGACCCAACCACUGGCGAGCGAUGGGACAUUCAGCUGAAGGGCGCUGGCCGAACGCCUUACUCGCGCUUCGCUGACGGCCUCGCCACCUUGGGCAGCAGCGUCCGCGAGUUCUUGGGAAGCGAAGCCAUGGGCGCGCUUGGCGUGCCGACGAGCCGAGCGCUGGCCGUCGUCAGCAUCCCGGACCUCAAGGUGCUGCGCGAAAGGAUCAACGGCGCCGCCAUCACCACGAGGCUUUGCCCUUCGUGGCUGAGGAUCGGCUCCUUUCAGAUUCACAGCUCUCGCUCCGAGUGGGAGUCGUCCCGGAUGCUCGGCGAGUAUGUGGCGCGCGACCUUUUCGGCUGGACCGACGUCGUUAAGGGCGGGUCCAUCGAAGCUGCCGAUGCGGCAUCCGGCGUGGAGCGGAAGCCGUGGGCGCGACGGCUGAUCGAGGAGGUGGCACGCCGCAACGCCCGCACCAUCGCCCUGUGGCAGGUCAACGGCUUCAUGCACGGCGUGAUGAACACCGACAACAUCUCGCUGCUCGGCCACACCAUCGACUAUGGCCCGUACGCAUUCAUGGACAUCUUUGACGAGGGGCAGAUCUGCAACCACUCAGACGGCGAGGGACGCUACGCGUACCGCCUCCAGCCGACCAUGGGUGUGUUUGCGAUCCGCGAGCUGGUCAACGCUCUUGCUCCCCUGGUCGGCUUCGAGAUCCAAGAGGGCAGGGCGCCGGCCCCGGGCGACCUGCUGCGGCUCAAGUCGGACGAGAUCAACGCUCUCAAGAAGCUCGCUCGCGAGCAGGCUUCCGAGGAAAUCGAGACGACGUUCACCUCGACGCUGAUGGACGAAUGGAAGAGGGGCUGGGCCAAGCGGCUCGGCCUGCAAGAUGCCGGGUCCGAAGAUGGCAAAGGCCGCCUCAUCGAGCCGCUGCUCGCCGCACUGGCCGACCUCGACUUUCCCACGACGCUGCGCAGCCUGUGUCGCCUGCCUGCGUUUCUCAAGGCGCACGGCCUCAGCGGCGCUAUCAUCGAGGGCGACAGCGACAUGGAGGCGCGACUCAAGGAGGUGCUGCGCGACUUUGCGCUGGGAGACAAGGCCCAGGGGCGAGAGGGCCUGUACGACGAGAAGGUGGUGCCCGAGUAUAUGCGGUCGGCCAAGAUGGACCAGUUCCGACCCUGGCUGCUCGACUACGCCAAGCGCCUGCUCCAGGAGGGCAGGGAUGGCGACCAAGUCACGGCCGAGAUGAAGAAGGCCAACCCACGCUUCGUCCUGCGGAACUGGGUCACGACCGAGGUGGUCGAGAAGCUCGAAAAGGACAACGAUACCGAGGCGCUUGAGCGCGUGCUGCAGAUGUGCAUCCGACCCUUUGAAGACUGGGGCCUCCCGGCGGAGGGUAAGAGCGAGGAACAGGUCAGCGAAGAGGCGCGCCUGUGCUCGAUUGGGCGAUCUUUGACGGGCAACCUGCCCUCGUGCUCCUCGUAG